AAUAGAAGUGUUUAGAAGUAACCAGGAGCGGUACGCACUUGUGUUUUCCUAAACACUACCGCAGUCACUGACACCGUUACCCUGAGCUUUUUUGACAGAUAACUAGUUAAAAGAGUUCAAAAAGACAACGUACAUUUCUCAUCAACAACCAUAAGAUGGAUCCCGGACCGGCAGCAAAACGGUUUAUCAGUAGUAGCAGCUCUGACCCAAGCUUCGAUCUCCACCGGUGUGAGGGUGAGCACCACCUGACGCUGAACGCCUGCGUGAACCAAGGUUCUGACGAGUCAGACAGCCUCAGCCGGCCGGGAGGAGACUAUAGAAAAGUAAAACUGCACCGUUGCCCAGGAGAGUACAAGCUGGCGGUGGAGCCGCCGAGUCGGGAGGGGAUCGCAGCAGCGUCCUUCAAACAGUCUGUCCAGCCGGGUGAGCCUGGGUGUGCCAGGGCAAAAUUGCGCGCUUCCAGAACCAGGCGCCACUCAGAGGGGGACAGGAAUGUCACGAAACCCGAGGGGUUAGCUGAGGUCACCAGAAAAGUGAUGACGCAGAGUGACGUGGAGCAGGGUGAUGACGUCAGCGUUGACGUACCAACGAAGCCAAACACGAAGAAAACAUCCGAGAUUGACGACUGUAAACAAAUCUGUGGGGAAGCCUCCGAAGUCAUGGACGAGAUGAAAAACUUGGCAGUAGCAUAAAAAAGUAUCACCGUAAUGUCUCUACCGGCUACCGUACAAUAUGAUCCGUUUAGAGACAGUGCUUGGCCCUAUGUACAUUUUACGUACUGAGAUGUAGAUGGCCAUAUGGAAAUUUCUUGUGUUAUCAUCAGUCUUUUUGGAAUGGUGAACAGAGGAAAAGACAAUAAAAUGCGUAACACGUUUUGAA